AGAGAGAGAGAGAGAGAUUGGCAGAGGGAGCUAGAAAGAGAGAGAGAGCGCGCGAAAAGGGAGGGAGAACGGGAGAACGGGAGAAACGGGGAGAACGGGAGCGCAGAACACAAACCACGCCGCGCCUCCGAACGCAGCGCACCGCCAGCGGACCGCGCGCUCGUCCAGUGAGCUCGAGUGGAUCUUACCAUUACAGACGCAUCCGCAGCGCCUCCGUCUGCACAGCCUGUCGCGGGGUCUAUUUUUUGGGUUCAAAUUAUUUCAGUUUAACAGUACUCCACUCCUCCCUCCGUUAUACCCCUUUUCUGUUUGAUUUCCUCCUCUCCUCCUACCGCUCCUUCCUCUCCUCCUCCUCCUCCUCCUCCGAGAGCAUCCUCCUCCCAGCUGUGUUUAGCCUCACCUUCCCUGCCCGUUCUCCCCUCGCUCUAUCCCGGCUAACUUUUCCACCCUACUCCAUCCCACACAAACCUCCUCCAUUGCUCAAAAAAAAGAAACUACCACCAACACAACCCUGCUCCUGGGAACUCGGACGCGUUCUUCACCGUUCUUCUUCUCUUUUUCUAUCGCGGCGGUCUCAUCUAGGAUCGGGCGGAACCCCCCGUUCCCGGGCCAGCACAGGACGGCACUUCAUGGGGCACACAUUCUCGCGCGGAAAAUGCUCCUCUCUCCGUCUCUAGUCGUCACCCCGUUGCUGGAACUGCCCGCGUCGGGAUCGCAAUCGGAGUUGACAGUGCACGACUACGUCUUAUUCUCCCUCUCCUUCUUCUCCUCCGCCUCCACCUCUUCCUCGUCCUUUUCCCGCCUGGCCCGGCUGUCCUGCCGUCGGGGCCAGUGAGCCAUGGGUCUGCUCACGGCGGCGGAGUCUCCCCCCCGGGAGCCUCGCGCGCUGCGGCGGUGGCGGCGGACGGCGGGGAGCUGGGUGUGGAUCACCCUGGUCUCCGUCCUCGCCAGUUUACCUGUGGAGCAGCUGUGCGCAUUCCCGUCCUCCCUGAGCGACUGCCAGACGCCCACCGGCUGGAACUGUUCCGGUUUCGAUGAUCGGGACACAGACCUGUUCUUGUGCGACACAAACACGUGCAAGUUCGACGGAGAGUGCCUCCGCAUCGGUGACACCGUCACGUGUAUCUGUGAUUUCAAGAAUAACUGUUUCCCCUCCUUCACAGAUGCUGGCUCGGGAUCAGGAGAUGAAGGGGGAGAGGGGUCUGCGGAGGCCGGACAGAAGGAAACGUCCACCUGUGACAUCUGCCAGUUCGGGGCCGAGUGUGAUGUUGAUGCAGAGGACGUGUGGUGUGUGUGCAACAUCGACUGUUCACACACCAACUUCAACCCGGUGUGUGCGUCAGACGGGCGUUCCUAUGACAACCCGUGUCAGGUGAAGGAGGCGUCGUGUCAGAAGCAGGAGCACAUCGAGGUGAAGCACCUUGGCCACUGUCAAGUCAUCUCUCCCGGGAGCAAAGCUGGGGAUGGACAUUACGCCAGGACAGACUCCACAGUGGACAAGACAGACCCGAGGAACGACCUGGCCAGGGGUCUCUACAUCCCCUGUCCCGACCACUUCAAGAACUACUGCGUCCACGGAGAGUGUCAGUACCCCAGUAUCCAGGCGCAGCCUUCCUGCAGCUGCCACUCAGGCUUCAGCGGGCCCCAGUGUGACAGUAAGGAGUACAACGUGAUGUAUGUGGUCCCCGGCUCAGGGAAGCUGCGCUACGUCCUCAUCGCCUCCAUCAUUGGAGCGCUGCAGGUGGCCAUCAUCUGUGUGGUGGUGCUGUGCAUUACCAGGAAGUGUCCGCGGACCAAUCGCAUCAACCGCCAGAAGCAGAACAACGUGCACUACAGCACGGAGAACACCAUGCGCGCCUCGACGCGGCUCAUCUGACUGGACGGCUCACAUGCACACACACACACGCACACACAGACACACGGACACGAGACGCACGCGCACACGGACACGGCGAGGAGGGUGAAGACGAAUCAAGACCACCCUUCGCCCCCUCCCCCCCACCCCCUCCCUGCCUUUCACCUCGUCUGGGCCUUAGAUGUACUUUUCCCCCCUCCCUCUCUCUCAAGUCAAGUCAACCCAAUAGAGGUUUAUUAGGAGCCCCCCCCCCCCCCCCCCCCCCCCCCCACCUCCUCUCUCUUCUUUCUGGGCUGUCGUACCUUUCGUAUCAGAACAACAAGCGGGCGGGGGAGGGGCUGUAGCGGGGCGGAGCUCCGCAGCGGCUGACCUCACAUGCGGAUGACAUCAUCAACAGUCGCCAAGCACCUUGAGACGCCCCUCCCCCCCGCCCCCCCAAGCCUCGCCCAUCACCCUCAUACCCACCCACCUCACCCUGUCCACCCAGGGCUUCCAGAAAUACUGAACUAUGGGAUCCUGGGAAGGAAGUGAGGGAGAGGAGAGGGGGGGGGGAGGAUUCUGAAUUAGAUAAGCGUGUUUUCAAUGUGUGUGUGUGUGUGUGUGUGUGUGUGUGUGUGUGUGUGUGUGUGUGUGUGUGUGUGUGUGUGUUUGCGUGUGAGUGCACGAAAUGUUUGCACGGUGUGUGUCUGUGUGUGUGUGUGUGUGUGUGUGUGUGUGUGUGUGUGAUGGCCAUAGGGGUGUUACAGUAGAAGCAGGUUGAUUGUUCAUUCACAGACGAGUGCGGACACGUUCAUUGAGGUAGUUCAAAGAGUGGGAAUGUUUGCGUGUUUGAACGUGGGUGUAUGCUUGUGUGUGUGUGUGUGUGUGUGUGUGUGUGUGUGUGUGUGUGUGUGUGUGUGUGUGUGUGUGUGUGUGUGUGUGUGUGUGUGGAUAAGAGGGGGUGGGGGGGGGGGCCACACGUGAUGCCUUGCACCUUGUGUUUAGAAGACCCUUGACGGGGGGGCCCAGUGAUGUUAGCCGGCCCUCUGUCUGCUUAGAGCAAGAGGAGUGAACUAUACUGGGUUCUAUUUCCAAUAGUUAUUACAUUGUCUUGAUGGGGUCUUUUUCUGUAAAUGUAAAUAAAUAAUUUAUAUCACGAA